CGCUGUCAUUAUCAGACAGAGGAGAGAGAGUUGGAUACAGUGGUCGAAGAAGACCAUGUGAGUCACAUUACUGUCUCCCCUCCUUAUGUCUAACACUAUGCGCUGCUGUGAAGCUGCGCAUCCUUUGAAGAGGAUUAAAGCUCUUCAGCUUGUAUUUUACUCGUUCAGUGCCUGCUGGUUCAUUAUUGCGGCUCGCAGCUUUCUCGAGAACCGCUCUUCCUAAUAACGUCACACUCUUCACUGCACUUCCUUGUGUCCUCAGCAGUACACCCGCCAAGUGUGAAGUCGAUCGGAUGAACAGUUGUCCAGAAACUUGAACGACAGACAAACCUACAGAGACUCCUUCCAUCUUAGUUAGAUUCAUUUGUUCUAGAUAAGCUCUGCUCAGGAAACCAUGCUAAUAAACGUCUUCCUCUUGCGGUGAGCUGCCUGGUGGACAGUCGGAGGCAUCAUGGCGGAACUGCCUAUUGCCCCGGGCGAGGUCUACAUCGAGGUGGAGUACGACUAUGAAUACAAGGCCAAGGACCGCCUCAUCACCAUCCAGCAGGGGGAAUGCUACAUGCUGGUCAAGAAAAGUAACGAGGACUGGUGGCAGGUGAGGAAGGAGGAAGGGACUAAAGCUUUCUACGUACCUGCUCAGUAUGUCCGCGAAGUCCGCAAAGCUCUCAUGCCACCCCCUAAACCCUUCGCACAUCCUCUUGCUGCCACUGGCAACACACCUCCACAAGGUGGGAGUGCACUCUGGAUAAAGCCAACCAGUCUGGAGCUGGGACUCGACCGGCCCACGGAGAGCCUUCAGAGACAUGAGUCCAACUAUCGGCGCUCACCAUCUGCACACACGGCCUCUUCUGGGAACUUCAGCCCCCCCAGUCAGCGCAGGAACAGUAGCCUCCAUCACUCCCCCACCACUCCCACCAACCAUGACCGUGCUCUGGCUGACAUCCUUGUCCACGGCGGAGCCCUCCAGCCUCCUCAAAAAGAAAAGUCCAGCACUCUACCCCGCACCCGUGCUCAAUCCCCAGACCUGGAGCGAGUCCCGCUGGACGUGGACAGCACCCAGCGCUGUGACUCUGCAGGGGAAGAGAGGCGCACCAACGACUCGGAGUCAGGAGACGAACUGAGCAGCAGCUCCACUGAACAUCUCCAGACGUUGUCUUCGUCAGGCCACGGCCGCUCCGAGUCUCCUGUCUACACCAACCUCCAGGAACUGAAGAUCACGCAGACCAACCUGCCCCCUUUCCCCUCCAGCUCCCCCCUCCACGUGCUGGGCGACUGGGAGACCUACAAGGACCAGCACGGCCGGCACUUCUACUACAACCGCUCCACCCAGGAGAGGACCUGGAAGCCACCCCGAGCCAGGGACCCGAGCAGCGGGAGCUCCAGAGGAGAGAGCCACAGCGCAGGAGAGAGCUCCGAGACCACUCCCCUCUCGCUCUCGCCGUCUUUUCUUCCCUUCCUCUCGCUCUCCAUUGGUCGACUCCAGCCUCUGUCGUCGGAGGACACCUGCUUCAGUACCUACUCUAGCCAAUCAGACAGUCAGUAUGGCUCGCCGCCACGUGGUUGGUCGGAGGAGAUGGACGAGCGCGGCCACACGCUGUACGUCAGCGACUAUACUAACGAGAAGUGGUUAAAGCACGUCGAUGAGCAGGGCCGGCCGUAUUACUACAGUGCAGAUGGUUCAAGGUCAGAAUGGGAGCUUCCGAAGUACAACCACUCCCCUCCCCAGCUGCCUGGAGACCCUCCAAAGAGUCGCAGUCUGGACAGGAAACACCCCGAGCCCAUCGUCCUCACCAAGUGGAGACACAGCGCCUACGUCCAAGACCCCAACGACAAGGACGCUCCUCUGGGCCCCAAGCCCCCCUCUCCCGACUCUGACUCCCGCACUUCGUCUCCCAAGCCCCCCUCCUCUCCGUCUGAAAAGUGCGGCGUUCUGAAUGUGACAAAGAUCACGGAGCAAGGCAAGAAAGUACGGAAGAACUGGACUUCUUCCUGGACGGUGCUCCAGGGAUACACGCUGCUGUUCACCAAAAACCAAGGAGGCGGGACCAGCUGGUUUGGAGUCGGUCAGUCCAAACCUGAAUUCACCGUGGAUCUGAGGGGCGGCUCGGUGGAAUGGGCUUCCAAAGACAAGUCCAGCAAGAAGCACGUUAUAGAGGUGAAGACUCGGCGGGGCACGGAGCUGCUCAUCCAGUCAGAAAACGAAGUCGUCGUCAGCGACUGGUACCGAGCGCUGCUGGAGACCAUCAGCACCCACGCUUGGGAGUCUGAUGAGGCCAUUGAAGAGGACAUGCCGGAGUCGCCUGGUGCGGAGAAUCCUGACAAGGAGAAAGAACACAGAGACUCAAAGAAAGGUCGAGCCAUGAAGACCUCCACCAGCAUGGACGCCUCCGACACCAAGAAGACCCGACACAAGCUGAAGAAGUUCCUGACCCGCCGUCCGACCCUGCAGUCCGUCAGAGACAAGGGAUACAUCGAAGAUCAGGUGUUCGGCUGCAGUCUGUCCUCGCUGUGUCACAGGGAGAACGGCACCGUGCCCAUCUUUGUCAAGUUGUGCAUCGACCACGUGGAGAACAAUGGUCUGUGUGUUGACGGGCUGUACAGAGUCAGUGGGAACCUGGCUAUCAUACAAAAACUACGCUUUGCUGUCAAUCACGAUGAGAGGGUGAACCUGACAGACAGCAAGUGGGAGGACUUCCAUGUGAUCACUGGAGCUUUAAAGAUGUACUUCAGAGAGCUGCCGGAGCCUCUCUUCACCUACGCUCUCUUCCAUGACUUUAUCAGCGCCAUCAAGAAUUCAGACUACAAGCAGCGAGUUCAGUCCAUCAAAGAUCUGGUGAGACAGCUGCCCGUCACCAACCACGACACCAUGCAGGCUCUCUUCAAACACCUCAGGAAGGUGAUCGACUACGGUGAGGAAAACCGUAUGACCACCCAGAGCGUGGCCAUCGUGUUCGGCCCCACGCUGCUGCGGCCUGAAACGGAGACCUGGAACAUCGCGGUCCACAUGGUCUACCAGAACCAGAUAGUGGAGCUAAUACUGCUGGAGUACGAGAACAUUUUCGGCAGGUAGAGAGAGAGACGCCGGAGGAUGAGCCUUUCUCUCUCUCUCUCUCUCUCUCUCUCUCUCUCUCUCUCUCUCUCUCUCUCUCUCUCCUAACGUAGAGCUCUUCCUGACCCAGCGUGGCCUUGCCAAUAACAGCCCGGCCCAGCUUAGCUUGGUCCUGCUCGGGCCCGGGUCAGCUUCUCUUCAUCUCAAACCAACCUGCAGCCACUGGCUUUCUCCACUCGUACAACCUCCGGACCAAAGCCACCAAAUAUGUCACGAACCAAAACAUAGAUGUAACUAAAUAGCGACCAAAAAAAAGAAGUUUAGACUCUUUGCACUUUUCAGUAUCUGAUUCUCUCCUGCCGCUGCAUUUGUGCCACUUUACUGCAAAGGUGACGUCCUCCUGUCCCGACACUGGAUUCCUAAAACUAAUACACGGGCCAAACAAGCCUCUUCUGCUGCAGAGACGGACUGAGACCAAAACAGAAGAAUGGGCCUCAGUUGCCUGGAAGUAAGGAGGAGGUGUCAGUGUUGGAGAAUGUACUGUAUUGUAUAACCGAUCAUCACUCCUGUGUGAACCCCUCUGGGGAACCAGCAGAAGAAGACAAACUGCUGUGCUUGGCUUUACAUGUUUAGACACUAAGAGAAGAAACGAGGAGAAGAUGGAGCUCUUUUAUUUAGGAAUAUUAUGAACUUGUUCUGCCCUUUCCGUGCUGUUCUGCCUUUCACUUUCUCUUUAGUGCAGAAGGGAUAUGUCACCCCCCAAAUAACUGUACUUGUACAUCAUUUACUCACCCAGUGUUAGCUCGAAUUCUUGAACAAAUGUUGUUUUUCUCGCCUGCCUCCACGGUGAACGAAGGGGGGGGGGGGGGGCUUUUAACAACAGCAAAACCUGUAUCAAAACCUCUGUGUAAAACAUUUUGUCGAGUACAAACCAAGUCUCAUGUAUCCAAACACAUGCAUUUUCACUUAAACGAUUUUAAAGACAUUACGCGUUACCAGUUAAUAUGCAAAUGCUCAUUUUGUGGGUGAACUAUUCCUUUAAGUAUUCCCUUUCUGCCUCUCUCCAUCUCUCUCGCUCAAUAUUUCUUCCUGUAAUCCUGAAAUACUGGACCGGGGUCCUCUGAACACAUGAGAGGUUUUCACUCUGUAAUAUAUCUGCACGCCACCUUCUCCAUUCGGCUUUAAGAACAAAUCAUCUUGCAGCAGCCAGAACUUGAAAAACAAAACAAAUGGUACUCAGCUGUGUCUUUCCUCAACUCAUGGAUAGUAAAUGUUAAGGCAAACAGUCUUUAAACAUGAUUCCGUUGGUAAAUCUGUACAGUGUUUGUGUGUGUGCAUGAGGGUGGGGUGGAUGGAUGGAUGGAUUUAAUGACAGUAUAUUGUACAAAUAGUGAAUUUAAGUAUGUAUGCCUGGAAUGUUAAAGAAUAUGAUACGAGGGAGCAAUCACUACUUUGUGAUCAUUGUGUGACCAACAGAUGUGAGGAGUAAAGUUAUGAACUGGGGAUGUGGAGGUUGUUGAAUGUAACUUUGGAGAGUACCUGUUGGCUUUAUCAAACUGGAAUAAAGACCUCUAAUAAGAUAUUUCCAAAAAAUAGA